UAGUCAUUGUCUAGUAUAGGGGCUUAGAGCUCACUUCAAUAAUACAUUUUACCCCUUUCAGAGUUUCGGUAAAAAAAUAAAUUUUCUAUGUAAUAUUUCAUGUUCUAAAUUUGUAAAAGUUAAAACAAUGAUGUUUUGUAAGUCAACAAUUAACGGCUCCGGUCCCCUGCUAGCAAAAUCACGAUUUAUGGCAGAAUCUCUUAUUCGAAGCUACGCAAAGAAACACAAGCCCUCUCCCAUGUGUAUGAAAAAGAAGGAGGUUUCUUGCGUAAAUAAGCACCCCAAGCCACGUAGCGCUAAGAAUAUCCGGAAAACAUUUCCAUUCUAUGACCUGAUCAAAUUUAAGAAGGAAUGCUGCGAAACGGAUUGCCCUGAGAAGGACUUUGCCAGCUUUGACGAAUGCCUGUACACAGAGUCGGACAAGAACAAACGCAAAUACCAAAUCACAUGGGUGGACUGUCCUCCCAUGGCGAUCAAGCCCAAGAAGAUAUGUUGCUAUAUCACGUCAGAGCGUCCUCCUUUUGAGCGUCGCCAGCGAAAAUUCAAGCCACCCACGGCCUGCCAGAUGUUCAAGUGCCCGGACCCACAGGAAAAAUGUCCAAGGCUCAAAAUGCCACACUGUAGACCGGUGGCUUCCAAGAUCAAAUGUCAUUUGAUUCGUGCUCCCAGUGACUGUGUCAAGAUAAAGGCACCAUAUCCUGCCUUCUCUGAGUGCGUUCGUCCGAAACCGCGCAGGAAGAAAAGAACUGAGUGCCAAUGCUGGGAUGAGAUACCAAUGUGCGAUCUGCUCAGGGUGUUGAACAGGCGUCUCAAUAGUGGCACAACGAACAUGAAUCCAUGCCAUAGGCCUAAAUAAAAAUUACUGGUUUUGUUGGCGGCUACCUGGAUGAUAAUUAUAAUCCUUACUCAGUUAAAGUUUCAUUUUCAUAUUGAUCAUAUAUUCAAUUGAUAUGUUACUUUAAUAAACUAAGACACGGCUGUGCUUACAAAUCGUAAUACGUAUAUAUCCUACCAAUAUGGGUUCAUGAAAUAAAGAUCUAAUGUCACUAACUCA